UUUAUGAUUAAAUUAGCGUUUUUAUUAUUUGUUCUAACACUAGGUUAAGACAUCGAAGAAGAAGAGUAACUUAUUUGGUUUAUUUAGGCUGUCUAAAAAAAUUGGCGCCUGUUGGAUGAAAACUAUUAAGGAUAUUAAUAAUGAAAAAGACUAUAUGGGCAAAAUUAUUGAUAGUGUAUAAAAUGCAAAUAAAACAUUGAUCUUUCAUAAAAUAUAAAUGUCUAUGAUUUUGCAAUGUGAAUCUUUGAUUGAUAUUAACAACGAAGUAAUUUUUAAUUGAAUAUUUAGAAUUAUUUGAGUUUAAGCUACAAGGAUGUUGUAAAGGACUUUGAUUAUAAAUAAUAUAUCGGCAUAGAAUUUAAACUAACUAAAGAAGAAGAAACUUUAUUGAGAAUCAUCAAGAAGAUGGAGAAGGACUUAGGUGAACUAAACAAAUAAAACUAAAUUAAACAAUAAUAUAAGCAGACAUAAUAGGUUGAAAAGGAUUGGCAAGAUGCAUACAAAACAAACUAAGCUGUACCAACUCUACUUUCAAAACCAAACUAUUUUCAUUAUGCAUUCUUUUUAGUGUUGUUUGUUGCUAUAUUUGGAGGAGGUUAUUGGAGUGUAAAAAUGAUCUAAGGAAUGAAAGAUAGCUCAAAUAGAAAUUAAAAUAAAGCAAAAUGA